AUGGUUGUCGUUAAUCAGUCGUUUCAAUUGCCAGUAUGGCUUCCCAAUUACGAACUAAGAAAGCAUAAGAUUUUGGGAAAGUCUGUGGUAUCUCCAAGCAGAUCCAAUGAUUGCUUGGAUGACGUGAUUGAAGAAAGUUUAUGCCUAGGACUUCCUUUGUUGACGAACGAAUUGCAUAGUAUUGUCGUAACGCUCGGAGCUCAUGGUGUUCUUCUCAUCACAACUCUAGCCGCUUCAUCACCUUUUCCCACUAAAGAAUCUGUAGCGGAAGUGACUAAGCCGCGGGCGGUAUACUAUCCUGCUCCCAGAACUAAGAAUCUGAUUAGCGUGUCAGGGGCUGGAGACUGUUUUGCUGCGGGUAUGAUUGCAAGCAUCGUAUUAGGCUUGGAACCGAAUCACUGCAUCUAUGCCGGGCAACGUGCAGCUGCACUUUCUCUGCAUUCUCAUCUCGCCGUUCCGGAUACACUUAAUUCGGAUGAAGUUUUUAAUUUCCAAGAACCGAUCCAAAAGAGAAACAUUCUUUAAAAAAAUUAAUUUAAUUUGAAUUUUAACUAUGCGGAUGCAUUCCAGAUAUAUUUUAAUAUUGUUCUGUUUUUCUGUAUGAAAUAUUUUUCUAUGCAAAUAAAGUAUUUUUUAUUCUUUUUUACUGCAGCAAGUAAUAAA